CCGCAUCUGCGCAUUUUCCAGCUGUGAGUUUCCCUCACAGGCGCGAGGUUCUGCCUGUCCCGGAUCGUCGCGUAUGAGCCGACACACCAGACCGGCAGGGUAAUCAAGGGAAAACUCUCUCGUCUACCGUUCACAUAUCGUUGAAUAAUUAUGUACAAAACGGUGCGGAAAGGCGAUGCCAGUCUGCAGUACACGAUACUGCCACAGACAGAUCAGUUCUCGUCCGGCGGAUUCCCGCAGGCUUCCGGCAAGCCCCGGCCGAGGAUCAUCAAGUAUACGAUGGCCACUGUAAUGGUGCUAAUCAUACUGUCCUGCGUGGCCACGCCAUUUCUGAUGAAUCAGAACGAUCACAACCUCUUCGCCAGCACGAUGCGAGCGAUCGGCCGAUCAGAGCCGAUCAGGAACACGUCGAGGAAUCAAACGAGAAACGUCAGCGAGGGUAAGAACAGAGGCAGGAUUUCAACUACGACGGUAUCGACGACCGAGGUAACAAGGAGGAAAGACCUCGAAGAUGGCACGACCCCUUUAAUUCUUCGGGGUGAGGAAGAGGAGGAGGAGGCUAUGGUUGAUGACGCCACAUUAGCAGACGCGCCGGAAAUCAGUACACAAGUGAUUUCGAGCGUAGAAACGUCGACGAGGGACCGUCAAAUGGCAAUGACUUCCGCUGUACCGCCGACGACGAUCCUCUUAGCAUCGUCGUCGACACCGAAAGCAUCCUCGAGCGGUACGACGGAGAGCACAAAGACGCUGAGCACACCCAGAAAGCCAAAGAUGCCGAAGGUGACCCUAAAGCUUCGAGAGAACGAGACCAUACCGCAGAUGUACGUGAAAGCGGGGAUAGCCUCCUACAAGAAGGGCAAUAUCACCACCAGCGUCCUCGCGCCACGUCUCAGUCUCGAGGGCUUGAUAUUCAAAACGCCGGAAGGCACGAUAAAACCCUGGCCCCAGAAGUGGUUCUUCGGCGAGCCCUCCGAUUCCGAUGUCAAGACGUGGAAAGUGUUCGCCGUAAACCACAUGCCGAUGAUAACAGUUUAUGCAAUCUUUGGAGGGAUGUGCGCGACAGCGUGUGGCCUAAUCGCUCUGAUGAUUCACGUGCAACGUAGUUUAACACGUAAGGCGUUUAGACGUGCAGGGCAGAACGUCGAGGAACCGGAAGUCGAGGAGCACGAGUCGACCCUGCUGGGCGCGGAGAGCCAGGAGAUCGAGGAAAAGGAGUAAUCCCGGCAACGACGAACACGACGCACCCGUACAUAGCGCGCGUAAGACUUGCCUAUUUUUACAAACACAAACGGUCGCUUAAACUUAGGCGUCUUCCACGUCGGAGGAUAGAAGAUCAGUAAAAACGCGGGCGAGAAAGAGAGAGAGAGAGAGAGAGAGAGAGAGAGAGAGAGAGAGAGAGGCGAGAAAGAUUUUUUUACGAUGUAGUCAGCUGUAGAGAAUCGCGGUAUGAAUGCACGACCAGCGUGAUUGUCCCGCCUGAGAUGAGAAUCCGUUCGCGAGAUUCGUUUCCUGCGAGACUGCUCACUGCGUUGUCGUUACGCCCGAUAAAUUUAUCUUCAUGCCACGAUAUAGAUGUUUGAACAAGAGCUUUUUUCGCAAAAGCAGAAACAAUCAUGUUAUAAGUACAACUAUUCUCAAACGUCACAUUUUUCAUUUCGAGGGUCCGGUUUACAUGCCCGUCAAGUAAAUUAGCGAUGGACCAGUUAUACGUUUGUUGCAAUUGUGUAGUUCGACUAGCGACACGAUUACGUAACAACAUCGACGGCAUUAAUCUUGCGAUAAUCGAGCUGAUCGUAAAAAAGAGGUAGCGUAAAAAAAUUUUUAUUAUUUACUACAUACGUUUGCGAUAAGGCACGGCAGGUUUUACAAACCCCGCCAUGACGGGCGCACAAUUGCGACUGCUGACAAACUAUAUAUAAAAGGAAUAUACGGAGAAAAAAAAACUACGUAGCUCACUGGCAAGUUAAGGAGACCAAAAUUUUAGAAGCUAUUUCGAAAAA